AUGAAGCUGCCAGUGCAAAAGGGUACUAUUUACACACAUCUACUGAUCAACAGAUGCAAGAGGAUUUUUCUCCGGACUCCUGUGGCUCCUGGGAUGGGGAUCUGGCUCCAAGGAGUGCAGCUGCCACUCCUGCUGCUGCUCUGUGGUCUGCAGACACACACCGGGAGUGCUGAGGUUGCAGCUGAAAUUGCCUUUGAUUUGGCACCAGAUUCCUUUGAUGAUCAGUACCAAGGCUGUAGUGAACAGGUCUUGAAGGAGCUAAGUCAAGGAGAUUAUUUCAGAAAGGAACUAGAUGCCCAUAAGAAUUACUCCAAGGUGUGGCACAAAGCCCACUUAACCUGGCUGAACCAAGCAAAAGAUCUCCCCAAGGACAUGACAACAACACAUGCUGUGGCUCUCCUGGUUUACACAACGAAUAACAAUAUGCGCUCUGACUUUUCUCAUGCCAUGGCCACUGCUGCCAGGUCUCCUCAGCAGUACAGACAUUCAUUCCAUUUCAAAUACCUACACUACUACCUGACCUCAGCAAUCCAGCUGCUGAGGAAAGAGAUCCUUGUGAAGAAUGGUACCUUGUGUUAUGAGGUGCAUCAUAGCAUGAAGGAGGUCAACUUCAAAGCCCACAUAGGUGCCACCCUUCGAUUUGGCCAAUUCAUUUUCACCCCCUUCCUGAAAGAAGAGACACAGAAGUUUGGGAAUCAAACGCUGUUUACCAUAUUUACCUGCAUGGGUGUACCUGUACAAGACUUCUCCCUCAAGAAGGAAGUCCUAAUCCCUCCGUAUGAAUUUUUUGAAGUGGUAAAUACCAGCUACCAUCCAAAAGGAAAUUGGUUGCGAUUGCGGUCUGCUGGAAACCUGAGCACAUAUAACUGCCAGCUGCUUAAAGAUUCCAGCAAGAAGUGCAUCCCUGCUCCUAUAGUUAUUGCUUCUCUCUCCUUUUUGGCCAGUGUUAUCAUCUCUUCCAAAAGCAGAGUGCAAAGGAAUCCUGAGGCUCUUUUUUAAAUGUACAUUAUGUAAAUGAAAACUUGUGCUGGUUUUUGCUAAUAAUGGGAAGUUGUUUACUGGAAAGGAUGAUACUCUGAUGCUUCCGCUGAACCAGAGCAUGUUCUUCUCUUGGCUAGUCCUGUUUUGCCUUCCCCAUACCCAUUUGCCUUUCCCAUUCAGAGCACCCUGAAAUCCCCUGGGGAAUCACUCUGCCCACCUUUCAUUUGAUGCACAGCUGUUUUGGAUCACUGCCUAUCAGUUGGACUAUCACUCAGAUCUUAGCCAUUUCAGCAUAUUUCUUCUUCAUGAAAACAGAAGUUUAUGUUGGACUAGAAAAUAGCAAAAACAAAUACCAAAUGUCUUCUUUGAUAUAAUGAGAACAACUAAAAACAGA